CUUUUGUUGGAUUGAACUGCAUAUGAUCAUGUUUGACAGUUUGAUAGCGAUCAAUCAAUACUGAACUUGUGAAAGGCGGCGUGGCGGUCUGAUCAAAAAGAUGGAUACCUUUGCUGAUUAUGUAUCUCAACAUACAACAAGAAGCGUAGGAUCAGAAAAUGGGAACACGACACGAGGAUCACCGAAUCAAACGUCCUUCUUUGAAAGUGAUCAAGACCAUGUCAAAUGUUCGUUUAAACCAUGGGUGAUGAUCACCCUUUUGAGCUUGCACUGGAUCGCGUCCUGGGCGAUUACCAUAACGGGGAUCGUCUUGAUAUUCAAACCUUUCGACGAUCUUGUCCUUUGCCAUCUGUUCUACCUGAUGGUGUACCUCAGAGUAGGUUACUGGUUCGGAACGUACAAACUGAAUGAGGCAAUCAAAGAUUCUUGCCGCAAGUUGGUUCACGAGAACUAUGAACUGUACGAAAGCCUUACCAUAUACCGUAAAGCUCCGCUGCAGAUCGUCUCUUUCUGGAACACGGCGCUUUUUGCCGUCCUUGGAUAUGCGAAAAGCUUCUUCGUGCAAAAUGGGACAGCAACGUUGAAAGGUCCCUGUAAGCAUCCUUUCGAUAACGAUCUUCUGGAUGCGCUGCGUUCUCCACAAAUGGUUAUUGUAAUCUUCUGUGCCAUAGAAAGCCUUGUUCUCAGCUGUUUCUAUAUGAUAGCUUUUACUCGUUUGAUGAAAGCUUCCUGGCCGUCCACCGAUCAAUACACCAAACUUCACGAGCAUUUGAAUGCUGAACAGACAUUGAGACGACAGGCAGAAAAGAUCAAAAUUUUAGAGAUAAAACGCGCCCAGCUGAAGAAUCGUGCGGCAGCAAUAGGACUAUUGGACUGCAACUAGAGCUUUUCACUAUUACAUUUCAAUUCGUUAAGUUUGUGCAUGCGUACGGAUACGUUGUUAGAGUUAAUAAAUGUUCGUUUGGUUGAAUCUAUUCACAGAA